UUAGCUGUAGAUAGAUUUUUUUCUGAUGAGGCUUAUGCGAUUGCUAAUAGUGCUCUGUUUAGGGUUUUCAUCUGCAUCUCUUGCUGGAAGCAGUUACUCUCCAAAUCAAUCCUCGAAUCUGUUGGCGAUUUCGUUUUUCUUAAUCUUCAAGGAUUGUUGGAGAGUCCACGUUACUCUGAUCAUUUAGGCACUUUCUCUUCAAGGAGCCCCUUAGCCUCACCGGCAUUUUCGCCACUUAUAGAACUCAACAACAUUGUGUCCAAUCCAGUCAUCCCUGAUACUAAGAUCCAAGAAGGAGAAGAAGAAACAGAAAAAUCUUUUAUUUUUCCAAAUCCUGCUCAGAAUGGAACCCAAAGAGAUGAUGGAGGUGAAUCUAUUAAUCCUGGAGAGACAAAUUCAACACCUGUUCUUGACAGCAAGCAAUGGAUUCAGCCAAGCAUACCAAUUUCCUUACAGGAAAGGCUCACAUAUGCUCUUAAUCGAAUAAGAGAAUCUCAAGCCUGUGGGAAUGUUCUGGUUCAAAUAUGGAUUCCUGUAAUAGUGGGAGAAAGAUGCUUUCUCUCCACAUUCGGACAGCCAUUCAUCCUUGACCAAAAUUGCCACAAUCUCAUACAAUAUAGAACAGUUUCGAUGAACUAUCGGUUUGCUGCUGAAAAGAAUUCAACUGAUGCGGCGGGAUUGCCCGGCCGGGUUUUCGCGAGGAGAGUGCCGGAAUGGACACCGGAUGUUCGAUAUUUUGCCAGCCACGAGUUUCCCCGUGUCAUGGAUGCUCAGAGAUGCAACGUUCGUGGCACAAUUGCACUUCCUAUAUUCGAGAUGAACAGCCAUUUGUGCUUAGGUGUUGUGGAAGUUGUCUCAACGGCGCAGAAGAUCAAUUAUCAUUCUGAUGUUGAGAGCAUUUGUAAUGCUCUUCAGGCUGUUGAUUUAAAGAUUUCAGACGAUCAUAGCAUUAAGUUUCUUAAGGCGAAGAACGAUUCCUACAUGGCCGCUUUACCAGAGAUCAUCGAACUCCUAAAGUUUGUCUGCGACAAACACAAAUUACCGCUCGCGCAGACUUGGAUUCCAUGUCUUCAGCAAGGCAAGAGUGGCAGCCCAGACAACUAUAGGGACUGUGUGUCCACCAUUGAUGAAGCUUGUUACCUGAACGAUCCUUCAGUGUUGGGAUUUCAUGAGGCCUGCUCUGAGCACCAUCUGUUUAGAGGCCAAGGCGUUACUGGCAAGGCUUUCACAACAAACCAACCAUGCUUCUCUCCGGAUAUUAAAGCUUUCAGCCAGAUGGAGUAUCCUCUAUCACACCACGCCAAAAUAUUUGAUUUACAGGCAGCUGUGGCGAUUCGCUUGCGAAGUAAUUGCGCCGGUACCACGGACUUCGUGCUGGAAUUUUUCCUACCAAUUAGUUGCAGAGAACCCGAGGAACAAAGGCGGAUGCUUGAUUCGUUGUCGAUCACUGUUCAGCAACUCUGCAAGAGUUUGAUGGUGAUCUCUACCAAGGAACUCGAUGAAGAGAAUUACUCGCGUGUUAGAUCUGUUGCGGCUCCCUUAUCUGGGUUUGUUGAGACUGAACCGUCUUGUAGUGCUAGUAUUAUUGAGUUAGAUCGUGAAGAAGAUGGGAGUUCUCCGCUUACUAGCAUGAGAUUGGAAUUCAGUAAUGAGAGUGAAAAACUGAGAUUUUCGGGUCAGCGGAAUCAAACGGAAGUGGCGAACUCUGCAGGGAAGUCGAUCUCAGAAUUUAAGCCGUACCAGGAAGAUUUGGCGGAUGAGAUGGGUGAUCAUAAAUAUAAUUUUCCUGGUGAAGUUACUACUGUAGGUUUUAGAAAAGCAACAGGGAAGAAGCGGACGAAGAUGGAGAAGACUGUCAGCAUGCAAGUUCUUCGGCAAUACUUUGCUGGUAGCCUGAAAGAUGCAGCUAGGAGCAUUGGUGUGUGCCCUACAACUUUGAAAAGGAUAUGUCGACAACACGGCAUAACUCGCUGGCCCUCACGAAAAAUAAAAAAAGUAGACCACUCCUUGAGAAAACUUCAAGUGGUAAUCGAUUCAGUUCAAGGCGGGGAAGGUACCUUCCCUUUUAGUACCUUUUACGAGAAUUUAACCGAGCCUUCGGGCCUCGAAACGAAUUCUUCAGAAAGAGACCUAUUGAGUCAAGUAGAAGUUAAGUGUAGUCCCUAUAUUUUCGCUUCAAACUCUGCUUCUUCAUCAGGCAGUCAAGUUUCGAGUUCAAGCCUCAGUGAUUCGAUCUGCUCGAGGCAAGUCACAGAUGCCUUACAACUUCAAAUUAAACACGAAGCAAAUAUGGAUGAGAGGCAGAUUAGCAGCCUUAAGAGACCACACAGCCUUGUAAAGCCGACUGUCUCAGCGCAACAGCCAUCGAAAUCUAUGGCUAAACCAAUGAUUCAAACGGGCAUCAGCGAGCGGCCUUCAUUAAUGAGUCAUCAGAACAUGCUCAGAGUAAAAGCAAUUUAUGGUGAAGAAAUGGUUAGGAUCAGAUUACAGCCUGAUUGGGGACUAAUGGAUUUGAGGAAAGAAAUAGCAAGCAGGUUUAAUAUGAGUGAUUCAAAUUCGAUAACUUUGAAAUACUUGGAUGAUGAUUCUGAGUGGAUCUUGUUAACAUGUGAUGCUGAUCUUGAGGAAUGUGUUGAUAUAUACAGGUCAUCAGGCGCUCAGAUUGUUAAAGUUUCUGUACAGUCUGCUUCUAACAAUUAAGUAAUGGUAGAUCUACAUACUUAGCCCAUAAUUCUUAUGUAUUUACAUAUCUAACCCCUAAACUUCAAUGAUAAUAAUGCAUGCAAAAGUGUA